UACAAAUGCAGCAGGUUUCGGUAAUCCCAGCGAGGUUUAGCUCUACUGAGAGUAGGCUGAGUGGCAGUGAUGGAAGGUUUGACUAUAAGAGUGUGCUUAAUAAGGCAUUUAAGGCGAAAAUAGAUUCGCACUGGGUUAAGAACUUGGGGGUACUGGAGAAGAAGGGAAUCAAAGUCUUAGAUGCUAUUAUUUCGACGAAGGGGUGUAGGAAGUAUGAGAAGAGGAGUAAAGCGAAUGUGAAUAAGGGUACGGGUUUUGGAGAUAGCGGGUCGCAGUCUUCGUUGCUGAAUGAUCUUAGUGCCAAGAAGGCGUAUGAAAGAAUGCAGAAUAUGAGGAAUAGGUCUUCGUAUGCUGAUACUUUUGGGAAGGAUGCUGAAGCAGAUCAUGAGAGUAGCAUACUUACCUUUAAAAGGUUUAAGGAUCUUCCUUAUACAUCGGUGCUUAGAAGUUGUGAAGGAUCUGUACCAAGAUAUGAGAGGAAGAGCUUCAGCCAAGUUUCUUCUCCAAUUAAGAAGUUCACAGAUCCUCAAGCAAAUAGUGCCCUGGAAAUGUUUAAAAAUGGUUCUAACGCCAAGGAAUAUAUUGAAAGAUGGCUUAUAAAUGCUAAAGACACUUACUAUAAAGAUCUUUUGAUGAGAAUACUGAAGGCAGUCUACGUACACGUGCACUGUAAACAACCUUGUCAGAGUUUGUAUAAAAACUCCUUCCACACUAUCAAUAAAGAGGAGGUUCAAAGCCCUCCUAGAAUUGAUAAGCUGAACCUCAGAAAGUUUGAGGAGCCUACUGUUGAGCAGAGAUUUUUAAAAUUCCCAGAACUCAAGAAAGCCACAAUGAAUCUCAACCUUCAAGGCUACAAACAAAAAUUUGACCUCAUUAGACAAGAAGUUAAAAUCCUUAGUGGAGAUAUCAAGAAGAGAACUAUUAGAAAGAACUCAUUCAACAAAAUUAAGGAUGUCUCUAAUGUACCUAUUGAUCUCCAGAUUAGUAAAAUUCAGAAGAAGAAACUGCUAGAGGGCUCUGGAAAUAUCAACGCAAUAUAUGAUAGUUUUGAACCAAAGGCUUCGUACUACCAGCAAUGCUACAAAGGUGCUAUCUCAAAGUAUGUUAAUCCCAGAAUGGAUAAAGAACCUCACCCUUCAACCAUGCUUUCAGUGAGCCCAGACCCAACCACCUUGAUCAAGGCUAAAAAGAUUAGACCUAACCUUGCUUAG